CAAGAAUUCGGAAGUACGGGUGACAUUCGCAGUGUAAGUAGAAAUGUGUGAGUAAUAAAAGGAAUAAAGGAGAUAAAUUUCCUUUAGGAAUAAAAUCUUGUAAAAAAGAAAACUUUAUUUAUUUGAAAUAUAUCAAAGUGCAAUACGUCCAUCGUCACCAUAAGCAAGAUGGCGGCUAAUGCUCUCGAAGAGAAAAUUAAUAAAAUAAGACUUCAAAAUGAAGAAAUUAAACGCAGAUACGAGGAAGUAGAAGCUGACAAGAAAAAUGCAGCAAAAUUGAAUGCACUUGUGCAAAUGGUGCCAUCGAGUGAUUGGCCAGAACGUAAAGAGCCACCAGAAUUUACUAGAAAGGAAACAAGUAAAACUAACGUUAAAUCCAAACCCAUAAAGGAACAUUCUGAACGUCCUCAACAAUAUCUCAUUGGUGCCGUCGAGGGGAAAAAAAUACAUAAAUUUGCUCAAGGAGAUGGUCCUCCUCCUGAUCCAAAGUACAACUUUUUAGCGGAUUCCGAGAGGGAGGAAAAUAUUAUCGACGAUAAGAGAGAUGAGGAUAAACAGAAAGCGCCGAAUAAAUAUGUAAGAAAUGGUCCUAGAAAAAGAGGUGGCGGUAGAGAUGUAUAUCAAAAGGAUCAUAGAAAAAUACCGGCAACUUCGAGAGAUGGAUAUUUACCAGAAUAUGAUGCUUGGAGAGCUGAACGAAAUCGCAUUGACGAGGCUCGAAUAAACAGGCAACGCACUGCAGAAGGAAAUUGGCGUCGGGAAUGGGACAAUGAUAAAGUAAAUAUUAAGAAAGAUUCAUCCAAGAAAGAUCUGAGAUUUUCUUUGGGCGACACAAGUAGACGGGAUUAUAAGGAAUACGAUAAGCGACAUCAGUUCGAAGUUGAACCCACUAAUCGGAGUCGCGGAGGCAAUCAUCAUGGUUCUCAUGGACCGAGAAAUCAUGGUCAUUACGAUAACCAAAAUGAUUUUUCAGAAUCAUUGUUGAAAGGACCCUUAUCGCCAAUUGAAGAUAAAACUGUAGUCGCCACUGAUAAGAGUAUUAAAGUUACUGUGAAUCAUGGUAACAUGCCUAUUAAAGGACCUGUCAUGAGUGUUAAAGUAAAUGCACCGAGUAUUGCUGGCACAGGACGAGUUGGACCACGACAAAAAUCUCGUGUCACUUAUUCGAGUCAUGGCGAAAGUGAAAUUACAACUCAUCAACUGGACAAUUUCUAUCGGCAAAAAUCGUUUGACGAAAAAACGCAUUUCAACAAUACACAACGAACAAAUCCUCCAAAAAGUCCAUUCACAGCGAGAAGAAAGGAUAAUAAUAAAUCGCCCUUUCUUCAGCGAAAAGAUGUGAAACGUGACGAGCAACCGAUGCGUGAAAAUAGUGCAAAAUCACCGUCAGCACAGAGGAAGAAAUUCAAAGAACAGCAAAAAUCGCCACAGAGUCAUCAAAUGCAUUUCUUCACCUCCACAUCGCAGGGCAUUGUUCCAUCGCGUGGCCGCGGUCAAAAACGUCUCAACGGUGCAAAAAAUACUGUGAUUAAAAUUUUAGGUCGCACCGACAGCAAUGAAGGUUCAAAUUUAAAUACAGAAUCGGAAAAUUUAACCGAUAUUUCGAAAUUUGAUGUAAAAGAUGCCGAGCAAUUUUCCCUUGAUGUCAAUGAGGCGGAGAAUUUGAAAAAUCAUUGCGAAAAUAAUGACAGUUUGACAAUUGACAAUUUUACGAUAGUUGAGGCUGAAAAUUCGAAUCAGUCCAACGAUUCGAUCGUUUCAAGAGAUUCGGAGAAGGAAGAAGAAACGGAAGGAAGGUUUCCACUAAAGGAGGAAUUAACUCCAAGUGAAGAAAUAGAGACGAAAAAAAUUGUAGUAGCUGAAGAAAUGAAAAGUGAAUUAAAAGAAAGUGAAGAAAUACCAGAAGACGAAAAAAUGCAAAAUCUCCAAGAAAAUGUAAAAGAAAUUGAAGUUUUAACGAAAGCAGAAGAUUUGGAGAAAAUCGAUAAAGCGGAAACUAGUGUAGAAACGAAAAAAAAUAAGGAGGGAGAAAAAAAUGAAGAAUUUUCUAAUUCUCCAACAAAUGAAGUAUUAGAAAAAAAGAAAAUUUCAGAAGACUGCGAAGUAUUAGAAGAAAAUAAAAUACUGAAGAAAGAAGAAGUCGAGAAAGUUGAAACACUGAAAAGUGAUAAUGAAAGUAUUGCGAAAGAAGAUACGGUAACAAAUGAAAUUAAAACAGAAAUGGAACAAAUUAAAAAAGAAGACGAAGAAAUAGAGAAAAUAACUGAAGAUAAAAAAGAAACUGAAACAAAAGAAAUGGAAGAAAUUGAAUCAAAAGAAACGGAAACAGAAAACAUCGAACAAGAGAAAAGAAAAAUAGAAACAGAAAAAACAGAACCAAAGGAAAGCGAAAUAGAAAAAAUUGAACAAGAGAAAAGAAAAAUGAGAAUGGAAAAAAUCGAACAAGAGAAAAGAAAAAUGGAAAUUGAAAAAAUCGAACAAGAGAAACGAAAAAUCGAAACAGUGGAUACAGAAAUAGAAAAAAUGGAAAAAAUUGAACCAGUAAAAAGUGAAAUAUCCCCGAAUAGCACAAAAAUUGAAGAACAAUGUAAAGAAAAUAAAGAAGAAUGUAAAAAAUCCGAAGAACAAUCCAAAAAAGAAGAAAUCGAACAAGAAGAUCAAGUUAAAAAUACCAACGAAGAAAUAUCGGAAAAAAUUCCCACCACUGAAGAAAGUCUACCGCCAAAAAAUAUUUCUCCCCAAACAGAAAAUUGUAUCACUGAAAGCAACGAAGCAAAAAUUGAUCACGAACAAAUGACAUUAAAAUCGGAAAUUAACGAAAAUGUCAAAGACAUUAUCGAAGAAUUAUUGGAAAAAAAAUCCACCGAAACUGUAAGUACUGAGAUUCCCAAAGAGGCCUCUUGCUUACCUACUGAAUAG